UUGGAUUUGAACGUUCUGAACAGACCACAGCUCCCUACUGUUUCACCCUGCGAAGUUCCAUUUCUUCUUAGGAAUAGCUUAGUUUCUUCAUGACUUGUUAGCUAAAUUACAUAUCAUAAAAGUGGACUUAAACCAGUAACAGAAGACCAGCAAACCACCAUCUUUGACACCUAGAUUUGGAACUGGAGGUUCUGAAGAUUCCCGGUAAGAUAUGGGAGAACCCACAUCAUCAAACUUUUCUUCUAUAGUGGAAGAGCUGAAUUUCUGGAAGGAACUGGCUGCUAAACAGCAGCAGAGUGCGGAGGCGGCCCAGGAGGAACUGCAGGAGUUCCAGCAGAUGAGCCGUGACUAUGAGGCUGAGCUGGAGGCAGAGCUGAAGCAGUGUGAGACUCGCAACCGAGAGCUCCUGUCCCAAAACAACCGCCUGCGCAUGGAGCUGGAGACCUACAAGGAGAAACUGGAGAACCAGCAUUCAGAAGCUUUCAGACAGAUUUCCACACUUGAGGGAGACUUGGCGGAGACCACCGCUGUCAAGGACCACCUACAGAAGUACAUCAGAGAACUGGAGCAGUCCAACGAUGACCUGGAGAGAGCCAAGAGGGCCACCAUCAUGUCCCUGGAGGACUUUGAGCUGAGAAUGAACCACGUGAUCGAGAGGAACGCCUUCCUGGAGAGUGAACUUGACGAGAAGGAGAACCUGCUGGAGUCUGUGCAGAGGCUGAAAGACGAAGCCAGAGACCUGCGGCAGGAGCUGGCCGUGCAGCAGAAGGACCGCAAGCCAUCCCUCGGGCCGGCCAAGGACGGCGACAAAACCCAGCCGCUGUCGCGACCCCCGUCUGGCCUCCGCUCCCUCCCGGCCACCCCCUCUGGACAGCGCGGCACGAACGGGGCCUUCUCUACCCCCCCGUCCUCAUACCGCCGAGGUGAUGGUCUGACUGGAACCCCACUCACUACGUCUGCCAGAAUCUCUGCCCUCAACAUCGUGGGAGAGCUGCUGAGGAAAGUUGGGAACCUGGAGUCGAAGCUGGCCUCCUGUCGGGAUUUUGUGUAUGAUCAGACACCAGGCCGAACAACCCUCACUGCUGCUCCAGGGACACCCACUAUCCCACGGGAUGGACCUGAAAACCACUCCAGCCCCAGCGGCCUGCCGCUGUUUGAGAAAGGCUUGGUGAAGCGGUUGGAGUUUGCGCCAGCGUCUCCUAGCGUCGCCUCCUCGGCCCUCCCGUCUCCGCAGGGAGUGGUAAAGAUCCUGCUGUGAGACCCCUCUCCCAUUGCCCUCCACAGACUUGGCUGACCUAGCAUCGCUUGAAGAUGUCAAUGCUGCAUUCUUUCCUCUGCUGCACCACAAUUCCUUUGCUUUUACCAAGUGCACAGACUUAGUUCCUCUUACCAGGCUACUGCAGGCCCAGUUCCGACAGUCCCCAGAUGGACUCUACCGAGAAGCACUGAAAUAGAUAGCCCUGCAGUUAGACAUCCAGUGGGAAUGAAUAAACAAGCUAACAUUUCCUUGCUCUGAAAUAAUCCAUUAUCGUCACCUCCCUGUCCCUGGAUCUAAUGCCGGCUUGUCCUCCUUUGUGGGGAUUAACCGUAGGGAGGAAGUGGAGCCUGUCAGUAGUUCUCAUUUAUCCGCUGCUGCCUUUUACAAUGCAUUGGAAGGCACCGUUCCUUUCUCCCGUGAGUUAUGUUCUCUGUGGGCCCUGGCCUGAAUGCUUUCAACUUAACAGUGCACUCUCUCUCUGUCUCUGUGAGCCGUCUUCAGCAUGGUGAAUGGGGGAAGCGGGCAGUUCUCUCUGGAGUCUCUUGCCAAGAAAAGCGUGAAGUGUGUGUGAGUGAGUGUGUCUGUGUGAGACUGACAAUGCACAACCAAUGGGAACAGUCCUGCUUUGGCUGAACAUUGAUCAGUGUGGCACAACCUGUAAACAAAACACUGGAUAUGUGCAAGACAAAAAUAAGUUUGUAUUUUUUUUGUUUUUUUAUUUCUACUGUUUCUUGCGAAGUAAAAAAAAAAAAUUGCAGAAAUGGAGAAAUUAUAUCAAGCUGAUGUAGAACUUCAUGCUUUUCGCACUCUUACCAGAGAUGUUUAUGCUAGUUUUAGAACAUGUAUGUUGACUUACUGUGAUCUCAAGCUUUGCCACAGUUAACAUGAUAUUGAGUCUGUGAUGGCGAAUGAGAGUUCUCAAUUGACCUACUUGGGUCAAUACAGGCUUGAACUUUUUUUAAUGUAUUUUUUUAAUGAGGGCUCAAAGCUAAUGCUCAAUGCCAGCACUGGGCUUUGCACAAAACAACUUAUAUACCUGACUAUGUAAAGUAAUUAGACUGUGUUCAAUACAUGCCCGUGGUGUGAUUACCCCAUCUCUUUCUUUGCAAAGCUGAAAGGACAUGUAAAACAGGAUCUAAGCUUUCUCAACAAGCAGUGAUGAAACAAAGCUCUUCACUGACACUUUGUGGAGCAGAAAGGAAUAUACCUAGUCAACACCAAUAUUGACUAUGAAAAGCUCAUCCAAUGCAGAUUUAACAGAAUAUGAAGAGAUGUGACCAACUAUCUAACCUAGCUCUGCACAUUCAUUGGUUUCUUAGUAAAUUAUAUUUCUUAGUAAAAGAAAAAAAGAAGAAAAAAAAGAUUUGGUUUAUGGGAUGAUACAUAUUUUAGCAGAAGUGUUAUAAAUAACUUUGUUAUUAAUCUCUUGAAAACAAGUUUUUGCUGAUGGUUCUGUAGCUGUAAGAUAUCACAGCUGGCGAAUAUGAUUGGCAAAUUGUCCACCUGUUUUUAGUGGCUUAUGUGGAUUUUGAAUCUUGUGAUUUUAAAUAAUCUUGUUCCCAGGCAAAGCUACCGGACCUGAAAUAGUUUUCUUUGUAAAAAGACUGAAUAGGCCACAUCUGAAAUUGAAUUUACAGAAUUAUUAACCAUUAAAGGAAAGCGCACAAUGAUUAGACACCGAGGCAAUUUCCCUGAAAUCAAGCCUUCUCACUAUAUUUGUGUGCGGGCACAUGGUGUGCCUCCAGACACAUAUCUCAGAGGCGCGUUUGCGUUAAAGUGUAGUCUUUACAGGAGAUUUGUGGUGCAGGUUUUGGAAACUACUGAUUUUAUGUCUUUGUGGGGCUGUGGAACAAAGAGAGUUUCUAAUGUUGUGCUCUGAAGCUGGGGUUUACUAACAUGGUUGGUGAAUGUACAGAGGUUUAUUUCAGCUUCCUGAAUUAGGAGCACUGCAGCAUAUUUGGUAUAGCACCUGCUUGCCUGGCUUCUCAGAUGGAGAGAACAGGAAUGUGAGGAGAGGUAGUUGUAGCAACCAUGCUUUAGGGUAGUGAUACAUUUAGGAAAAUCCAUUUAAGAGCCAAAACAUUUUUUCUCUCCCAGAAAAGAUUUACCAUUUCAUAUUUUUAAAAUAAGGACAUUUGAAUUCUUCAGUGAAGGAUAAAAUGCAUUUUAUGUUAAAAAUGGAGAAUGAUUAGGAAGGUACAUUAAGUUGGAUUAGUUUCUACUGUCCUUUUAGAAUACUAAUAUAGAAUGGGAGUUAUGUUCAAGGAGUUGGCUGUAUAGGCCUGAUUGUUCCAGACUACAACUCAGGGGCAGAUGCGAUCUUUGCACUGUUAGCAAAAUGCGCAAAUAAACAUCAUAAUACUAGAAGUACUAACUGGGGCAGGGCUAUUUUUCUAUGGAUUAUGCUGUUACUAGGAGGGCAACAGCUCAUAAUAUGACUUAGGAUAUGCCUCAAAAAGAGUGUGUGAGUAUGUGUGUGGUAUCCACACCACAACACAUUUGUAAUCUGGGUUUUCUUGUACGGACCUGAGGUACGGUAAAAUAGCUAAGGCAGUUUUGCUUUUUUGUAUCCAAAUGUGUACAUUAAAGACAUUCUUGAAUGUG